GGGGUGGAUCUCUGACUUUGCGUAACACUUAGGCGGACUGCCUCGCGCGUGCUGUGUGUGUGUGAGAUGGAUUUGUGUGACGGCUCCCGCGUGGCGAGGAGCGGGGGUUAAUUUUUUUUCCCCUAACGCGGGUCGCUAUGUUUGCGUGAAUACGGUACUGCGGUACACGGCCGGGCACCCGCUCGCCGGCGAUAUCCCGGGCCUCUCCACGAGGCCACCCGGCGAUGUAGCCUCGCAGCCUCGCUCGCCAUCCACCCCCCCUCCUCCUCCCUUUCUCCCCUUCACGAGGCUCAGCCAGCGCCUGCUCCAUCCGACCUCUGUUGGGGAAGCCAUGGAAGAGGUGGACAUGGAGAACAAAGCAAAGAGAGUGUCGGACAAGCUGACGGACAGCAUGUACAUCCUCGCCAACGAGCCCUCGGUCGCGCUCUUCCGACUGCAGGAACACGUGCGCAAGUCCCUGCCGGAGCUGGUGGAGCACAAGGUCGACAUGCAGAGCCGCGAGCAGCAGGGCCAGGGCUUGAUCUACGACGUCGACUAUGCCAUCGGGGCAGUCAAUAACAUAUCGAGAAGCGCCACCACAUUCUCCAACGUCGAAGGCCUCCUGAGGAAGGCCGUGGCCAUCAAGCAGCAGCUCAACAAGGCCAGCUCGCGCACACUCGCAGACACGGCGUGCAAUACGGGGGCGAUGCUGCGACCGACGGGAACAUUCUAACGGCCUGUGUUUGGCUUUCAAUAUGAGGGUGGAGCACACGACGCAGUGACAGGAAAAGUUUUUUCUCUUCCCCUCCACCACAACCUCCCGUGCGGAUUGCGUGAGG